CAACAUCUCAAUACAAUCUCAGAUCUACAUCACAGCAUACAGUUCUUAGCUUUCACAAACAACCAACCAAUCAAUCACAAUGGAUUCCAUCAAGCAGGGCGCCAACUACGUCGGUGAGAAGGUUCAGCAGGCCACCUCUGGUGCCUCCAAGGAGACAAACAAGCAGGUCGCCAAGGACAGCGAUGCCGGAAUUGGCACUCGAGCCUCGGCUGCCAAGGAUGCCGUGAGCGACAAGAUGAGCGAGUCCAAGCACGACGCCAAGGGCGAGGCCCACAAGCAGGCUAUCUAAACUGUGAAGGUGGUUGCAACAACGAAGGAUGUGACACAACUUCUGCAUCUGUCCGUCUUUGAGAGACGAGGAUAGCGAUACCCUAUUAUUAUAACUCAAUAAUACAACUUUCAUCCUGCUAC